AACGCUCUCCCGCUGACGUCACUCUGCCGGUGUCGGCGUGUCGCUGAGCCCGACCGGGAGACGUCCGGAGGCGGACAGGUGACGCUGCAGGGAUGUCUUCAUCCCUCCUCCUCCUCCUCUUCCUCCUCUUCCUCUUUGUCCCCACCCUGAUGUUGGAGUUUCGUUACCAUAACAACAGAGAAAUGGAGCAGUACCUGGUCCAGGUCAGCGCUGACAACCCCAACAUCACACACCUGUACAGCAUCGGCAAGUCGGUGAAAGGUCAGCAGCUGUGGGUCCUGGCUCUGGGUCUUCGCCCGCGCCGUCACGCCGUCGGCGUCCCGGAGUUCAAAUAUGUGGCCAACAUGCACGGAAACGAGGUUGUGGGUCGGGUUCUCCUGCUCCAGCUGAUCGCUGAGCUGGUCCGCGGGUACCGGGACAAGGAGAGCUGGUCGCUGCAGCUGCUGAACAGCACACGGAUCCACAUCCUGCCGACCAUGAACCCGGACGGCUUCGACGAGGCCGACACCAACUGCCUGCUGAGCCAGGGAAGGCUGAACUAUAACGGCGUCGAUCUGAAUCGGGGAUUUCCUGACGCCUUCGUUGGUCUUCGAAAGGAGCAGGAGCUGAAAGAGGAGCAGAGGGAAGCUGAGGUGAGAGCUGUGAUUGGCUGGCUGCGAAGCGAAACUUUUGUUCUGUCCGCCAACCUCCAUGGAGGCGCCAUGGUGGCCAGUUAUCCUUACGACAACAGCAACCAAGGUUCUGCUUGGACGGUCGCACCCAGCAUCACGCCUGAUGACGACGUGUUCGUCCACCUGGCGAAGGUUUACUCAUACAACCACGCCUCCAUGCACAAGGGGAACCUCUGCGAUGACAGCGGACCUUUCCAGGACGGCAUCAUUAACGGCUACUACUGGUACAAGCUGGAAGGUGGGAUGCAGGACUACAACUAUGUGUGGGCGCAAUGUUUGGAGCUGACGCUGGAGCUUUCCUGCUGCAAGUUUCCUCGACCCAAACAACUUCCUGCCCUGUGGAUGGACAACAAAGAGGCUCUGCUAGCUUACAUCCGGCAGGUCCACCUGGGGGUGAAAGGUCAAGUGUUUGAUGGAUGGGGGAUGCCAGUGCAGAAUGCUGUGGUGGAGGUCGAAGGUCGCAGGAACAUAUGUCCAUUCAGAACCAAUCAGCAUGGAGAAUAUUACCGGCUGCUGUUGCCUGGAAACUACACCUUCAAAGUGUCGUAUCCGGGUCACGAGGUUCUGACAGAGACGCUCAGCAUCCCGUACGGUCCAGAACAAUAUUCUGCAAUGAAGCACGACUUCAAGCUGCGACGCGUCGCCUCAGCAACGGCCCACUCUCAGGCUCAGUCCAGCCCAUCUUGUAAUUACUCAUUACUGCUUGAUGGUGGCGCCAUCGCGGCCGGACCCGCCCGGUUCGGACCGGUAGUCGCGGUCAGUUUAGUGAUGGUGCUUCAGUCUGUGAUGGACUGAAAACAGGAUCUCAACCGAACCCAGAAACACCGACCAAAACCAAACCAGGUGAGAGGUCAACGAAGGUCGGCUUCGCUGGCUGCUGCUGGUUUAUGGCUCCAAAAAGCAACGAAAACAGAAAAGAUUUCAACAAAUAAAAGAAAUGAUGGCUGGAUUCCAUCUAUCUGUUUCAGUAAAUCAGAAUUCUGUAAUAUUCUGGGAUCAAAAAUCAGAAUUAUAAUUUUUAAAAGUCAAAAUUCUGAAUCAUGAUUUUUAAAAAUUCUGAAUUCUGAGGUUGAACUCAGAAUAUGAGGAAUUUUGACUGAUUUUUAAAAAAAGUCAAAAUGCUGGAAUUAAAGUCUGAAUUCUGAGAAAAAAAAAUCUUGAGAAAAAAAGUCAGAAUUAAAUUCAACAAUUUGAGGAAAGAGCUCAGAUUUCUGAGUCAGAAUUUUCAGGUUAAAGUCUUAAUUUUUUUAAGUCAAAGUUUUGGGAUUAAAGUAAAAAUCCAGAUAAAAAAUGAGCAGUUUUUUUUCCACUGGCCUUCAUCCUCUUCUCUAGUUUAUUGUUGAACUUAAUUGAACAGAAAUUAAAAUGUAAAACAUAUUUAACUAAUUUUAUGGUUUGUUUCCCAAACACUGAUAUAUUUCUGACGUUAGAAACACAAACUAAGAUUUUUCUACGUCUAUUUUAGAUAGAAAUCUAACGGCGAAUAUUUCAGGAUAAUUAUACAAUAUUUAGAUGAAUUUAACUUUAAGGAUUUAUUAAACUAACCAAAAAUAAAUAACUUUUACAUUUAAAAGGAACCAAAAGGCAGACAUAUUUAUUUUGAGCAUUUGUAAUUUCAGAACAAACUGUCCAUGUUUGUGAACUAAAAUUGUACUUAAAGUCAUUUAAAUUAAUACAUUAAUAAAAAAAAGGCUGCAUAAGUAAACAGUCGGUAAACAGCAUUUCAACAUUUCUUCUGUAUAUUCAAGCUGUGUUUUAUUCAUGAAGAAUUUUUAUUAAUAACAUUACUUCUGUUAAAGUUGCUUUUAAUUUUUUUUUAAAUGCACUAAUUAUCUUUUAGUAAACUGAUAGUAAUAUGUUUGGUCAGAAUAAUUUUCAUAAUUAUGCACAUAACAUAAUACAAAUUUAUUAUUUAAUAUUUAUACUUGUUACAGUAUUUAUUAACUAAAUUCAAAAAUAACUGCUAUGCUAACUGGUUAUGUUUCAUUCUUUUUAUAGACAGGUCGUUAAUAAUUUUAUAUCUACAUUUAUUGCAUGUAUUUUAUUGCAGUUUAAUAAAAACUCCUAUGAAAAUUAGUUAUAAUUUUUGAUUUCAGUGAAAAAUGUAUUUAAUUCUGUUUGUUUGAGGAUCUAAAGGUGGAAUCAUAGAAAUUGUUUUGGCUUUUCACAGAAAGCUUCCUGUUUGUGAACCGACUGCAGAUUCUCAGGUUAUAAAAAUCAAAUCAGCUGCUGGAGCCAAAACUUUCAAUUGAUUAAUUCAAGAUUAUUCGGUAUCUGUGAUGGUUGUUCAGAUCCUGCAGAUGGAGAAACGGAGCUAAUUCCCACCAAAAAAAAAACAUUAAAAACUUUAGCUUACUCUGCAUAAGAAAAGUUUGAAAACAUGAAAAUGUAUUCCAGAAAACAGGGAGAAAUUUUGAGAUCACAGAAAUUUUCUAGAAUAAAUUAGAAAAUUUUUGAGUUUGAAAAGUUGUACAUUUUUGACUUUUAGAAAUGUUCAGAGAGCAAAAGUCCAACAUUUUCAACUUUAGAAUCUCAGAAAUGUUAAUUUUUUCCCCCAGAAAAUUUCUGAGGUUUAACCUCAAAAUUAGUUUUUGUUCCAAGAAAAUUAUUGACUUAGGCACCGAAAUUUACUUAAUUUCUUUUUAGAAAAUGUAUUUUUAUUAGUUUUUUGGCAGCAAUGUAGCCCUCCUCUUAUAUGUACAGUGGCUCUAAUAUAGUUUCUCAUAAGUGUCUCCAGUAACUACAUUUGAAUUUAAAAUGCCACUGGGCGGCCGGGAAUCACCGUAAUCAUUCAGUUUUUAUAUAAAAGCAUUUAUUUUUCCGUAUGUCGAAUUUAGACGAGUACAAAACUCCAAGAUUACACUUGGAGGUAAUCUUCAUAUUUCUGCUCCUCUCAGAAAUGAAAAGGGUUUAAAUUUGUUUCUUCCUUCUUCAGAAGAAAAAUCCUCUGCCUCGGGACUUGGUGAAGUCUUUCCAACCUGAGAUUCACUCCAGUUAGUUGGAGUGUAAUUUUAUCUGCGUGGAAAAGCUUUUUAAAAUUAGCACUUGAAAGGAGAGAGCUGCUUUUAGAACGGCUGGGAUUAAAACCAGAGCAGAGCUUCCAGCACACAGAGAGGAAAACAGCAAACUGGUUCAGUUCCCCUCACAAAUGACUGUUUUUCAUCAGGAUGUUUUAAAUACUAAAUUGCAACAAAAAAGCAAAAAAAUAAAUUUUUUUAAUUUGUAAAAUAGAUCAAAUGUUCACUAAUAAGACUCACUAAAAUAUAAAACCAAACAUUUAACAUUUUUGUUUUCUAUGUUUUUAUAAAUCUUACCAAAACUGAGAGAAAGCAAGAAAAACACUGGAGAGCACCACCUGGUGGCCAAUCUUGGAAUCUGUGACUCUAAAUAAUUUCAUAAAAACAUAUAAUUGAAAAACUUUAAUAUUUAUUUAGAGGUGGAAUUAAUCCACGUUUAAAAGUGCUUCAAAAACUUUACAGAGAUAUUAUUUUAUUAUCUGACAUACUCAAGUGUCUUCUUAAUACAUCAAACACAUUUAAAUCUUGUCACUUCAGAUUAGUCUUUAUGUCAAUAAACAGGUUUAUUCCUAACAGCAGGAUGUCUGUUUGUUGCUCCAACACAAAUCCCGUUUAACUUAAUGUGUAAUUUAGGGAUUUAAAGUGAGUUUAGGUGAAUUAAGGACGGAUUAGCGCUCCGGUUUUUAUCCCUAAAGUUCCUGGAUUGUGGGAACCGUUCAAACCUCAGGACAUAAUCGACUCUUCAACUGGAUCAGGAGGCAAAUAGUCAUCAUGUCGUAGCUGCUGGCUUAUUUGGCUCAGACUUGUUCUCACAACUUCAGGGUAAAACGUCGAUCUGACUCUUCAAAUCUGAUGGUUUUCGUGCCAUAUUUCAGGUUUUUCUACUUUUGUUACUGUUUGAUAUGAAACGUUGCCUCAUAAAACCUUCUGUGCCACGCUGGACCGGGAGCGACUGCAGGCUUCAGUCGCUCUCAAACAUCAGACCUCAGAAAAGCAGGAAAUCUUAUUUGUUUUGUUUAUUUGCUGUGAAAAACGGAUGGAAACUGAAAUGUGCUGAACCUGGAUGUGGAAUGAAGUCUCAUAAUAUGAAUAAAAACUAUAUGAGUAAUAAA